ACCGAUGUUUACAAGAAUGAACUGUUCUGAAUAUCUAGGCUGUUUGAGCUACAGCAGCUCUGCAGCUUUGUUCGAUUAUGAGAUUAUGACGUCCGCUUGGAUGACCUCAGAUGUCCCACAUUCGUCGACUACUUGCUUGUUUUCUGUGCCUAUUCUCUUAUCAAAUUAAUAAUGACCACACAUGCCCCUUACACAGCCAACAAAACUGCUGUGGCACGACCUUUGCCGAUUUCAUCUUCAGUGGCAUGUGUUGGAAAGAUCAUAGCGCCUGCAACAGAGCCGCUGUGGUCACCAUUCAUUCGCGAGCCUGCUCCCGUCACAGUAGCGACUAAACCGGCAAAAUCAAAGGCUUUUAGAAGUGACGAGUCCAUACAGUAUUGCAAAAGGUCACAUAGUUUGUUCUGGCGUAAAAAAUUUUUACUUACCUGCUUUCUUCACCGACAGCAACCAGGGCCUUAUUUGAACUUCCU